AUCGAACCCACUUGGUUAUAUAAUCACCCACCAUUAUAUCCAGUGGUGAAAUCAAAGUUAAAACAGUAAAGUGACACGAAUGAGCGGAACUAUGGAGACAUUAUACAGCGCUCUCGGCUUGGAGUGGGUUGACGGCAGGAGCAUUUUAUUCUUUUCCUGUCUUUUUCUUCUGCUGGCUCAUGUUCUGAAGAACCGAGUGCCGAAAAACUUUCCUCCCGGACCGUGGGCUCUCCCUUUUAUUGGUGAUCUUCAUCGCCUGCAACCUAACAGAUUCCAUCUGCAGUUCGAAGAGUUUUCAGAGAAAUAUGGAAACAUUUUCAGCCUUCGACUCUUUGGUCAUAGAGUUGUGAUCAUUAAUGGCUACAAGUCUGUAAAGGAAGCCCUGGUCCAACGAGGAGAAGACUUUGCAGAUCGUCCCAUAAUUCCUCUGGUUGACGAUGUAUUUGGAAAUAAAGGUAUUGUAGCUUCCAGUGGUUAUCCAUGGAAGCAGCGGAGGAGGUUUUCUCUUCAGACACUCAGAAACUUUGGUCUGGGCAAGACGACGUUGGCAGAAUUCAUCCAGCAGGAGUGCCAGUAUCUCACAGAGGCUUUUGCAGACCAGCAAGGAAAGCCUUUUAAUGCACAGCCAUUGCUAAACAACGCCGUGUCAAACAUCAUCUGCUGUUUGGUGUUUUCAAAUCGAUUUGAGUACAGUGAUGAGAAGCAUCAGUCUAUUCUUCAGGACUUCAAUGAGCUUUUGUACUUGGAGGUAACCAUGUGGGCACAGAUGUACAACGCAAUGCCCUGGCUGAUGAAGUGGGUGCCCGGACCUCAUCAGAAGACAUUUACUCUGGUCAAGAAUAUAAAUAAUUACAUAGAAAACAGGAUCAGUGAACACAAAGAAGACUUUAACCCAUCAUCUCCGAGAGACUACAUCGACUCCUUUCUCAUAGAAAUGGAAAAGAAUGAAGGCAAUGAUUCAAGUUUUGAUCUCAGUAGUUUGAAUGCUUGCACCCUUGACCUCUUUGGUGCUGGAACUGAAACUACUACCACUACUUUAUACUGGGGCCUUCUGUAUAUGAUCCACUAUCCUGUCAUACAAGAAAAAGUCCAGGCUGAGAUCGAUGCUGUGAUUGGUUCAUCCAGACAGCCCUCUAUGAGUGACAGAGAAAACAUGCCUUAUACCAAUGCGGUUAUUCAUGAGAUCCAGAGAAUGGGCAACAUCCUCCCACUGAGUUUGUCACACAUGACAAACAAGGAUACAAUACUGGAUAAGUACACAAUCCCAAAGGGCACCAUGAUCCUGCCUAUAUUGCACUCUGUACUCAAUGAUGAGUCAAUGUGGGAAACUCCACAUUCCUUCAACCCUCAACACUUUUUGGACCAGGAUGGUAACUUUAGGAAGAGAGAAGCCUUUAUGCCUUUUUCUGCAGGCAAGCGUGUGUGUCUCGGGGAGCAGCUUGCCCGAAUGGAAUUAUUCCUGUUCUUUACCUCCCUCCUUCAGAGGUUUUCAUUCUCGGCACCUGCUGGAGAGCAGCCCAGUCUGGAGUUCAUACUGGGAACCACCCGUUGUCCCAAACCUUACCGCCUUUGUGCCGCGGCACGUUAAAUCAUCAAGUAUAAGCUAAACACGUCUAUUUCUUACAGUGUACAUUUGUCUUUCAUUACAUUUUAUAAUGUCAAGCAGUUUCUGUUUCAUCAUUAUCUAUUUCUAUUAUGUUAUGAGCCAGAAUGCUGUUUAAUAAAACCUUUAGAAAUUACAUACAUAUAUACUGAAAUUACAUAUCUGCUGUAUACAAACUGUAUAAAAUUCUGACAUUAUAACACUUUUUAAUGAUUCAUUGUUGAGUGAUAAUCUAUGUGCCACUGUGAAGCAGUGGUUUUAAAUGUGCUGAACAAAUAAACAUGACCUGACUUGAAAA